UCCUGUGGGAUCUUCUUUUGAGCUUUUAUGUCGUUUCUUAUCUGCCCUUUACUCUAGUGGUGACUAUGAGAAACGUCUCCCGCCUACCAGCUCUAGCACAUACGCACACACUCACGCGCGCGCGCAGCACUUCUAUGUUUGUCAGAGUCAAAUCCGAGGGAGAGGAGCUAGCCGCCAUUUUCUAAGCGUCUCUCCCUAAAACGAGAGAAAACGGCUCGCGGCAAACUGCCGUCUGGAUUACCUCUUCCUCACCGGGAAUCGGACUUUUCGGUAAAGGAUUGCCGUGAAAUCGCCUACGUUUGAAGUAAUUUGGAGUAGAAAGGACGGUUUCGCGGCCUUGCCCUUAUAUUCGGCGAGGCUAGCUGGCGAGUAAGGUGUAGCUCGUUGAUUCGCCCAUUGCUGUAUCCGGAACGAACCCGAGCGGCUCUGCGCUGUGGACCCGGGCCCCUUUUCCUCCGCUCUCUGGUUGCAUUUAUUAUUUUAUGGAUAUUAAUUGAUGGCUGAGUGAUCGAGUCAACGCGCCACAUUUUGUGCGUGUGUGUGCGUGUUAGCACCCUUGGAUUUUUUUCCACCAGAAACUGCAGGGGAUUGUUGCCGAAAUUCCCUCGGAUAGUGCAACCUCGUCACGUGGCUGUCCUCAGGUGGGGCAGUAAGCGGGUGGAGUGGAGCAGGCCGCGGUGCCCGUCCCUCUGCACUGCAUGGCUGCGAUGGCGCCCGCUCUCACCGACGCCCCAGCCGAAGCUCACCACAUCCGCUUCAAACUGGCUGCCCCAUCCUCGAGUCUCUCACCAGCCAGUGCAGAGAACAACGGUAACGCCAGCAACAUCCUCAUCCACAGCAGCGGCCCCGCCAAGUGCAAGGCCACCUCCGAAGAGUGUCCCCUCGACUAUUGUGGCGGAGGCGGUAACCAGGAACAGCAGCAGCCACAGGCCCAAUCUGACUCUGUGUCCCAGGCCUCUGCCCUGGGCAAACUCCAGCCACUUGUGGCUUCUUAUCUUUACCCGGAUGUGACACCUGUCCCUUCAACUAAGGAGUCAAUUAAGCUGCAAGGAGUCCUCAUUAAACAGUCUGUGCUGAAAAGCCACAGAAUACUGCCCAACUCUCUGCUCAACGGCAGCGGAGACUUCCUCAGGAAGAGGCAGGCGAUUGAACUGUCGGGCGGCCAGCUCAAAAGUCUCAUGAGUGGCGGCACCAACGGAAGCGGCCAGCCCAUGGCACCCGUCAACGGCCUGGCCAAGAAGCUGGCCACCAUGUCCAGCUCUGGCUGUGUGGUCGCGGUGAAUGGCGACAAGCCUCCCGCCGCCACCGACUCUCAGCCCCAGAACCUGCCCUUUGACUCUGAGACCUUGACGGCGACCUUAACAGGGCACAUCCCUUUGAAAGGAGCUCUCAAACGGAGGCAUUCCUCUGGGGUUUCUCAAAACACAGAUGGACAAAAUGUCGAACCACCAGUGCUUCAGUCAGCUGCACUUUCUCCCUUUACCAGCGGCAACCCUAACCCAGUUGAACAGGCGAAUUUGGAGGAAGCAGAUCCAGAUACCCCUACGAGUCAGCCACAGGGUUCUGAUGGAGAGCGGCCAGGCAGCAGUCAGCAGGGCUCACCGCCAUGUACGCCUGCACCUCCCAUACCCUGCAGUUCCUCCUCAGAUAGCCUCGACGUUCAUGUAAGAGAACGCACUCUCAUCAAUAGCAGCCGCCAGGCUGAGCUCGAGAGCCGACUGCGACGCCUGCACAAACGUCUUCAGGUGGUACAGGCAAAGCAGGUUGAGCGGCACAUUCAGCAGCAGCUGGGUGGCUUCUUGGACACGGCCUUGAAUCGGCUACUAGGCAGCAACCGGAAAUCAGAGACUGCAACCCCCACAGCUUCAUGGAGGACCGGGCGCCACUCGUCAAACAACCGGGACGGUCUGAGUCGUUUCCUGAAAAGUGGCUCGAUGCCCUUGGAGCUGGAGAGGUUGUAUUUGAGUGGCUCAGCCAACCUUCAUUCAGCAGAAAGCGCCUUUGACUCUGAUGUAACAGAGAGUAGCUCUGGAGGGGACUCUGACCUGGAGGAGGAGGAGCUGUCCCGAGUGGACAUUGAGCAGCGGCAUGUCAAAAUAUGGAAGCGAGCAGAGAGCCGCUACACCGUGGAGAGAGCUGCCAUCAUCAGCCACUGGAACUGGCUCCAGGCCCACAUCUCGGACUUGGAGUACCGCAUCCGGCAGCAGACGGACAUUUACAGACAGAUCCGCGCCAGCAAGGGCUCAGUAGAGCUGGGAGGUGUUUCGCCAAGUGGGGUGCUUGCAGGUGGGACAGAAGUAAAAGCAGAGCCUGUAAACACUCAGGACGCCGGUUCAGAACGGCUGGAGCACAUGGGCACCGCCCAUAUCAGCAGCACAGAGCCGGGCCCUUGGAAAGGUCAAAACGGGCAGCCAGUCAACGGCGUCCUCAGCAGGAUGGCAGAGAGCACAGACGCCAAGCAUCAGCAGCCGUCGGCCUACGACAGCACAUGCGUGGCUGCACGUACGCGGCCGCUAAUCAGCUGCCGCCGCCGGCGACUCAUUCAGCCCAACACUGUGCCCAACCUUAACGGCAAGGCCCCGAGGAGCAGCUGCAUCCAGUGUAACUGCAGGGUUAACCCCACCUGUGUGAUGUGCGGUGGCUGGCCCACCCCCAGAGAGGACCCUCAGUACGAGCUGCCCACCCUGGAGCGCCUGUCAAGGCUGGAUCUUGGCGUCCACCCCAUCCUCUCCUUCCCCGACGACGUUUGUAUAGGUCUGCGCCUGCAGCAGGUGAUGAAGAGCCAGUGGCAGACCAAGUCACUGGAGAGGAGCAAACCACUGAAGAAGCUCUCCCUCAAACACAAGCUCUCCUCAUCCAAAGAGAAGCACAAGUUCACCAACUCGCUCAUGGCAGUCAGUGUUGCAGGAUUGGGCCACAAGAGAAGCGCUGAGAAGUCGAGGACAGUUGACAGCAGCGUUGGCGGAGGCGGCGGCAGCAGCGGCGUGAUGAACGCGGCCAGGCUGGAGGGCCAGGCUGUGUGCAAGACAGAGCGGCUGCAGGCCAUCUCGACCCCGUUAGGGCCGUACGACAAGAACUACAGCCGCAAGAGAAUAAGGGAGCACUCGCUGGAGAGAGCGGACUCCUCCCCCAAGCUCUUCAUGGACUCGAGCACCCCCUGCACGACUCUAGCCAACAUGCACUCGUCCCUGCACAGCCCCCUAACACGCCAGCUGUCCACAUCUUCAGAGAACUCUGUGCCGCUGGGCCUGAGCAGCCAGAGUGUCCCGAGCACGCCUCAGCAGCCAAUCAAGAGGAGGCGAGGUGAAAGCUCCUUCGACAUCAACAACAUAGUAAUCCCCAUGUCUGUGGCUGCCACCACCCGCGUGGAGAAGCUUCAGUACAAAGAGAUUCUCACGCCCAGCUGGCGGUGUGUGGACGUCUUCUCGCAGCCCAUAACCGAGGAGGAGAACGAACGCGAGGUGGAGGACCUGUCAGACGCAGCUUUCAUUCAGCUCCAUCAGGCCUAUGAGGACCAGGAGCGCACUCGCUGGACUUGGAGGGCCCUGGCUCCUGCUAAGAGGCGGGGCAGCAGGUCGUACAAGUCCGUGGACGGGCGCACCACACCUCUGCUGUGCGGGACCAACCCGCCCACCCCUCAGCCCGCGUCCCCCGACCCGGGCCACUGCCCAAUGCUGCAUGACUACAGCUACGUGCCGUCGCCCAUGAGUCCCGCCAGCCCCGACACCGCCUCCAACCCCCACACGCCCUGCUCGAGGGACUCCCACCGGCUCCUGUCCAGUGAGGACACGCGGUGCUCCACGCCAGACUUCACCUUCGAAGAGCGGACGGUGGCGCCGUGGGAACGCCGGUGCUUCCCCCUGCCCGAAGACCCGGCCCCAGAGCCCGAGUCUGAGAGCGACCACCAAGUCAGGCCCAGGAUGCGCAGCAUCUCAGGUUGCCGAGCGAUGGCCUACGGACGCCUCGAUUCGGAUGACGCAGAGCCGCCCCUUGACGACGAGAACAGUGGCGGCGCCCUAAAACACAAGUCCUCCACCCACCGAUGAAUGAGGGCCCCCCCACACACCCACACACACACAGCUCCUCUCUGGCAUUAACAAGCAGAACCUCAGCGCAGAAUAACAUUAAAUGGGUUCCUGUUGUUUGAUAUUCAAACAUCAGUCUAAUACUUUCACAGUUUUUAGUGAACAUUACGGAGAUAGAAGCCUUUCCCGACACUUGUUUUUUGUCACACGAAAGAAAAAAAAAAAAAAAAAAAAAAUUUUAAAAAAAAAAAAA